UUCUUUCCCUCCACUCUCUCUUCUUUUCUCUCAACCAUUCACCACUUUCUCUUUGGUUUAUUUUAACUUCUUGGCCUUUGUAAAGCCUUCACUUUUGCAAAUUCUUUCUAUGUUUUUCUUGGAGUAGAAAGUUUCAAGUUUCUUAGUUGAGUAUAGUUAGUGUGUUAUAUUCCUAAGUUUGGUACAUUUUUUCCUUUGGGGUGGAGAUAGGUUCAUAAUAAGAGCAACAGAAUUUGUUUUAAUACAAUGAUUCUGGAGCAUAAUGGAUGCACACCGUUGAAGUGUCAUUUAACUCUUGAUAAAAAUUAUAUUGUAGACAAGAGUUUUUAUUUUUGGAUUUUUCAGAUUAUGGAUAGGUAUAGUACUCUUGGUACUUAGCACAUUGCCCUAAAUAUUUUCAGUUUUAUUUUUGUCUAUUUUUUGUGCUUUAAUAAUUAAUAGUAGUAAGGAACAUAGAGAUAUAGAAUGGGAGGAGCUUCACUGCCUCCGGGUUUUCGUUUCCAUCCAACCGAUGAAGAGUUGAUAGGAUAUUACCUAAAAAGAAAAGUUGAAGGGCUUGAAAUUGAGCUUGAAGUUAUACCUGUUAUUGAUUUCUACAAAUUUGAUCCUUGGGAAUUACCUGAGAAAUCUUUCCUACCAAAAAGAGACAUGGAAUGGUUUUUCUUCUGUCCGCGGGAUCGCAAGUACCCAAAUGGUUCAAGGACAAAUAGAGCCACGAAAGCUGGCUACUGGAAAGCCACUGGAAAAGACAGGAAGGUUGUUUGUGAGCCUAGUCCAUUCAUUUCCACAGAGACUGUCACAGGUUACCGCAAGACCCUAGUUUUCUACUGUGGAAGAGCUCCUUUAGGUGAUCGAACCAACUGGGUCAUGCAUGAAUAUCGCCUCAACGAUGAUCCUAGCCAAGGCUCGGAGGGUGCUUUUGCUUUGUGCCGAGUUAUUAAAAAGAAUGAGAAGGCAAAUGAUUCCGAAGGACAAGGAGGAAAGAGGGUUAGAGCUAAUGAUGGGAGCAAUUCCAUUUCAACCAAUGGGAAUGAGGUUUCUUGUGAGGCAAGUCAACUAUUAAGUGGCAGUGAGAGUCAUUAUUCAAGUCCUAUUAACUUCCAAUGCAAUGUCCCUCCUAUGGCUGCAUUUGACCAAGCUUCCUAUGAUACCAAUCCUACAACAUUCUGGCUGUCCCCUGACAUGAUUCUUGAUUCUUCAAAGGACUAUUCUCAAGGGCAAUUACAAGAUGUUGUUGGAUGUUUUCAACAGCAACGCGAGUUAUCAAGUACAAUGACACCUUGGCAAUCAUUUCAACAUACUGAAAUUUCACCUUGUUCAUCCUACUCAAAUUUUAAUGCGGAAAUUGAAUUUCCUGACACUCUUAGCCAAAUUGGUUGCAUGUCACCUUACUCAGGACAAGGAAGUUUCAUGGACUUGCCUUAUGAAUGUUAUGAUCAGAUUUAUUCAUUCAGUAAUCCAAAUCAAUUCUGAAAACAAAGAAGGAAUAGGAAAAACAUAUUCUCCUUCUUUUCUUGUAAUGCAAGUUACAAGAUGUUUCAGUGGGGAUCAAGCUUCAAUUUUCAGUUAAACAAAAGAUGUGAAUGGUUUCGUGCAAGAAGACUACAUACAUGGAUUUCUGAGACAGCGCCUUUUAAUGUCUGUCUUUGAGUGAUAAAUAUUGAUUAAUGAGUGCAAGUGCCUUCAUAUGCAACCAAACAGAAACUAUUCUGUUCUUGAACUGCUUUAGACUUAGUUUAUUUGUUAUUUAUUAUGUUGUGUAGGUUUCCCGGAUGAUAUCACUUUUAUAGAUUUCAUCCGAAUUUGGUUUAUAUCGGUCAUUGUAUGUGUGGUUUCAUAAAAAUAGCUUAUAUAAUGGAUGAGGAUUUAUUAUA